UCUUUUAUCGUUCACUAUGUUUUAGGUUUUAGUUUGACGGCCGUCGUAUUUGUAUGGUAAACAAACUCAUGAGCCAAAUUUAAAAUUACAAGUCUCUAUUAAAAUGUCGUUACGUUUUAAUCAGUGCAUCGAUUAAUAACGGUGAAUUUCUACGAAAAGGGGACUUUACUUAUAUUUGGGUAAUUUAUUUAUCCUGAAGAUUGAAAGAUAAGAUAAUACCAAAUGACAGGUGACGAAGAAGGUAUUCCGGAAGAACCGGAUGUCUCAAUUUUGGAACAGCAACAGGAUUUGACUUUGGUAUCCACUUUUCAAGUCAAACCAACGCUAGAAGAUAAAUUUAAACCUCAGGCAGCGAGAGAGUUGAUAUACUCUGUUCUUCAAGAGACAUUGAGUGAUAAGACAUACCCUGCAGAACCCAGUGAGGUCAAGGAGCUUGUAAAAUCCCUUGCCAUAAAAAUAAAGCAGAGAUGUAGAGAAAUGGACUUUGCAAAGUACAAGAUCGUUGUGAAUGUUGUGAUGGGUGAGCAGCGAGGUGCAGGAGUCUGCAGUGCCUCUCGCUGUUUCUGGGACGCAGAAACUGACACAUGUGCUUCAAACACAUUUUUAAAUGACACAAUAUUUUGCAUGGCAGCCAUAUUUGCAGUUUACUUCUACUGAAAGCCUCCUUCUUGUAUUACAUUAGUAUCUUAGCCAGUAUUCAAUGAGUAAAUAUAUAUUUGAGAAAAUAAUGCUCAAGUAUUUUUUGUAAAUAAACUAUUUGUUAAGUUAAGUCAAAGAUAAAUAAAUAAUUUAGUGCCUUA